GAGUGGAGCUUGGGACAGAAAGCGUCACCUCAUGCAUUCGAGCCUGGAAUAAUCCAAAAGGCAGGAACCCCAAAAAGAAAAAUGGACUAAACAGAACAGGAAAGGCGACAAAUCGCUUAUUAUUGUGCGGGGAAAAAGGUGACAAAUCGCCUAUUAUUUUACAUAUCUUUAAACGGAUGGCCAUGAUGGAUGAGCAUAUCAUAUCAGUGAUGGAAAAUAAUUAAGUGGAGCCAACAAGUAGACAAGUCCUAUGGUAGCCGUUCCUUUCCAAAAUCAAGAUACAAGUGGAAGAAUAGAAGUUUGUUGGUUUCACUUUUGAGCUGAAUAACAACAUGGAAGCUGCAAAAUCAGUUUUGGGUUUAAGCUUGUUUUUGAUUUUCCAGUUAAAUUUGGUAGUCUCUGCUGCUGAUAUAUAUAGCAGAAAUGACUUCCCACCAGGCUUUGUUUUUGGUGCAUCAACUUCAGCUUUUCAGUAUGAAGGUGCGGCUACUGAAGAUGGGAGGACACCCAGUAUAUGGGACAAUUUUACUCAUCCUGGGAAUAUGCAUGGAGCCAAUGCAGACAUAGCAUCUGAUGGGUAUCACAAGUACAAGGAAGAUGUUCAACUCAUGGCACAUACAGGCUUGGAUGCCUAUAGAUUUUCCAUUUCGUGGUCCAGACUCAUCCCAAAUGGAAGAGGACCUGUCAAUAUGAAGGGCUUGCAAUACUACAACAAUCUCAUUAAUGAACUAAUCAGAAAUGGAAUUCAACCACAUGUUACAUUACUUCACGCUGAUCUCCCACAGGCACUUGAAGAUGAAUAUGGAGGAUGGAUUAAUCGGAAAAUUUUGAGGGACUUUACAGCAUAUGCAGAUGUAUGCUUCAGAGAGUUUGGUGAUAGGGUUUUACAUUGGACUACUCUAAACGAGCCCAACGUGUUUGUAUUAGGAGGCUAUGACAUUGGAUUUCUACCACCUCAAAGAUGCUCUGCCUCUUCUCCACUCAAUUGUUCGAAAGGCAACUCAUCAACUGAACCAUAUAUGGCAGCUCAUAAUAUCUUACUAGCACAUGCAGCUGUGGCAAAGUUAUACAAGAAACAAUAUCAGGACAAGCAACAUGGAUUUAUAGGGCUGAACCUCUGCAGCUAUUGGUUUGUUCCUUUAACAAACACAACUAAAGAUGUAAUUGCAACUCAAAGAGCCAAUGAUUUCUAUAUUGAUUGGUAUAUGCAUCCCCUGGUAUAUGGAGACUAUCCCAGCUCGAUGAAGAAGGUUGCUGGUUCGAGGAUGCCACCCUUCAGCAAUUAUGAAUCUAAACAGGUCAAAGGUUCAUUUGAUUUCAUUGGGCUGAACUUUUACCUCACAAUGUAUGUUAAGGACUAUCCUAGCAGCUUAGAGAUGGAGCACAGAGAUGUUUUGGCAGAUAUGGCACUAGAACUACUGUUGUUCCAAUAUAAUGCAUCAACAUUUGAGUAUCCUAUUUUACCUUGGGGACUCAAAAGGUUUCUAGAGCAUUUCAAGGAAGCUUAUGGAAACCCUCCUAUUUACAUCCAUGAGAAUGGUCAACGAACGAGACGCAAUUCUUCAUUGGAAGACUGGCCAAGGGUGAAAUAUUUGAAUGCAUACAUUGGAAGCGUGCUUGAUGCCAUAAGGAAUGGGUCGAAUACGAGAGGCUAUUUCACAUGGUCCUUCGUGGAUGUAUUUGAAAUGUUGGAUGGCUAUGAAUCAAGCUAUGGCCUGUAUUAUGUAGAUAUGGAUGAUCCAGAUUUGAGAAGGUAUCCUAAACUUUCUGCUAAAUGGUAUUCUGAGUUUUUGAAGGGAAAAAGCAUGGACCGUAAUGGAGUGAUUCAGCUCAAUGAUACGUCCUUUUUGGAUGCACAAUUCACGCAUUAAUUUGUACCCUUGAUAUCUACAUACGUUAAAAGCCCUUAGUAAUGUGGUGUUAUAUUUGUUCCACCACUUGCACUUCCUUAUAUAUUUUCAUGUAAAGACCUGAACAAGGAUAGAGUACAUAUGGAUAUUCAUGCUUACUGCUCCAUCCA